UUCGCCUAGAUAGCAUUCCUACCGUAUUUAAUGUUAGAGGAUAUCCUCCCGGCGAAAAAAGUUCUUUCUAUCCAGUCACACGUGGUCCAUGGAUACGUGGGCAAUCGGGCGGCUACAUUCCCGAUGCAGUGUCAGGGCUGGGACGUGGACACGCUAAACACCGUUAAUUUUUCAAAUCACACGGGCUACGGGCAGGUGUACGGGGCUAAAACUACCGCGGGACAAUUGCGAGACAUCUACCACGGCUUGAAGGACAUCGGCUUCCGCUAUGACGCGCUCUUGACCGGCUACAUUCCGGGUGAUGAGGCGGUGCAGGCGGUAGGCGAGAUUUGUGUGGAUAUCAAACGGCGGGACACCGAGUGUAUCUGGUUAUUGGACCCGGUUAUGGGUGACGAGGGGCAGUUAUAUGUCGAACAGAGUGUGAUUCCGGCCUACAAGGCCAUCCUUAGGUCGGGACUCGUGGACAUCAUCACGCCGAAUCAGUUCGAAGCGGAGCUUCUUGUGGGGUUUUCCAUCACUGAUACUGCCAGUUUAAAGCGGUGUCUUACGUACUUGCAUGAAGAAUACAACGUGAGGCACGUGGUGAUUUCGUCGCUCGCGCUUGAGUUUCCGGAUGAGGUCCAGCAGCGUACAACGUGCGACAGGGCUGACCCCACCUCUAGCAAGUCUAUUUUUGCGGUGGCGUCAUCUCAGGGCAUCGUCACUUUGUUCAAGAUUCCUCACAUCGACUCGUACUUCACAGGUGUGGGCGACUUGUUCUCGGCGUUGCUUCUCGACCGAGUGGCGAAACACAAGCGCGCGUUUGCGGAGAACGUGAACGAGAUUUUGUCGGUGAUGCUUGACGUGUUACAUGUCACAAAUCGCUUGGUGAUCAGGGAGGUGGGAGAGGCCUUGCGGGGGACCAUCGGGUCUGCUGAGAGCAUGAAGCACUGCGAGUUGCGCAUCAUCGAGUGCCAGCAGCUAUACCAGGCGGAAGAAAAGUACUUCCUGCCGUGUGAGCUUAAAUGAUAUUUAUUAGAAGAUACUGCAUGUGAGAUUUUUAUGACCUAUUGAAUUUUCCUAGCGUGA